AUGUCUUUGAUUUUGUGUUUAGUUUCUUGUAGGGUUGGUAAUGCUACUCCGAAGCAAAAUGAUCAACGUGUUGUCUUUUACGUGUUUGGAUCAGAGGGCAUCUACAUCGUAGAUCCAAAGACCAAAGCUAUUUUGUCUACAAUCGGUCCUGAUAGGGUUUGUACCAAAUCAAAUAACAGGUAUUCCAGGUGAGCAUGCCUAAACAAUAAUGUUUGCCGAAAUUUUUCACAUUCCUUGCGUUGAUGUAAAUAUAUAUCUAGCAUGAGAGGCAGUGUUUCAUCACCAGAUGAGACAAGACUGAAAGACUGAGAAGAGAGUUGAAAAUACGACGCGCAGGUGCAGCGGAGUAUUUUUGACGAACUUCGAGGUGUUUCAUCUGGUGAUGAAACAUUGUGUCGCAAUGCUUGAUUUUACUUCUCAAACACUGAAAAUGAUUUUACAAGGAGAGAUCAAGGAUGCAAAAAUGAGCAGUUUUUCAUCUGAUUUCCAAACACUCAUUAAACAUUAAUUUCCGUUGAAUUUUCUUUUUGACUUAUUAAUGAGUUUGAGAAUACAAUAGAAAUUGUGAUAUCUUCUGUAUUUUACCAGGGAUAACUGUUCGUUCGGUCGCAAUACAGUGGUGAGAGACAAACUCAUCUUCUUCAGCGACAUGCCUGGGAAUCGGGUUCACGUUAUUGAUGCGCAGGAGCAAAAGGUAAAUAGCUUUCUCCAAUUUGUAACUCUGUACUAAGGUCGACAAAGCAGAUGAUGAGUUCAUUAACAAAUAACUCUCUCCGUUCAUGUUUUCCGUCUUAAGUCGAAAACCGGAAGGCCCCAAAUUAGCCUAACGGUUAUAUUCUCGCACCUCAUAACUUCGUUGCUGUUUGCUGGCGUCAUCAGUUACAACACAUACUCGGGAAAAAUAGAAAUCUGUUAGCAACCUCAUCCCCAGGGUCUUCUCGUUUUCUAAUAUGUCGGAGGCCAUAUCGAAAAACGAGUCGAGAAGAUCCUUUGGACGAGGUUGAUCUGAGAGUUAACCAUGCCUUUUGUUGCCACCAUGUAAACAGUCGCGUAACGAUUGGUAAACGAUCACCCGAACUAGUGUGGACCACAACAUUGAACGUGUUUACACGGGUUACCAAAUAAGUGUGUACGUGGUCUGAAGCUAUACAUGUAAAAUAGACGUAAACCGAUUGUACAGCUGUUUCGAGAAAGUUUAGUUGAAAAAAGCGUAAAAGUGAACGGGACAAUCUAGCCUCAAGAUAAUCUUGGACCAGUGAAUUUAAUUAAGUCAAAUAAAUGAAUGAAUAUCAAACUCACUUUUGGCAGUCCGCAUAGCGACGAUCUUAGAUCGUGGGCCAUAUGGACGACGAAGGUUUUGGGCUGUCAUACUGUAAAUACCAUUUCGAUUCGAACGUUUGAAAACUUUGCAAGAUAGAGAACUGUAUUGGCCCGCUUUGUCUAAAAACUCCCAAGGAUCGUUAAAAAAACGAUGAGAGAAAACAAGUCAGGACACUGUGUAUACAACUGUAAAAUGGCCAAUUAAUAUCAACAUUUUGCCUCCAAAGGUCGUGGAAACAAUCCCAACAGAGGGCUACCCGUAUGAUUUGUACUACUUACAUUGGCUGAAGGAGGUCUGGGUACAUGCCUGGACCAGCUCUACUUUUGACGUCAUCAACACCGAUGGAAGCCUGAAAAAGACGCACAAGGCUAUCAAGGCGCAUGUGCAACCAGGUCAGUACAGAGUGUUGGUUGAGUGUUGGCGUCAUUUUUUUGUGUGUAACCAGUGAAAAACGAAAUCUGAGCUUAUCUUAACGUAUCAUAAAUUUCAACUUUUUCUCGGCGGAUUGCAUCUUUUAAAAGAUUGAAAGAGUUUAGCCUCACCGCGCAAGGCAACAGUUGUAAGUUCGUCCUGCGAAUUUUACGGAUCUGGAAUGGACUUUUUAACUCCGCCUUUACAGAACGCGGGUGUAGGUUAAAUUUCCUUUGUCCAUUAAGGGUAGUCUUGCUUUGCUGUCGAAAAAAAAACCCAAUUAGAUCAUUUAUCUAAAGAUUACACAUUAGAAUGGGGAAACUAAAAAAAGCGAUGCGUGAUCAUGCAUGUUUUCUGUUAGCGGUCUGAGUCCGGCUACAGAUGUGUUUGUUAGCUUCAAUUUGUUAGCAUUUCGUAGAAAUCCCUCCGUAAUUUUGUUUUACCCAAGUUGUACGCUGACAAAGCUCUUGUCGAACUGUAUACGUUCUUAGGUUGGACACACGGGUACAUGUUCGCUGACCCAGAGGUGAAAGACGGUAAAAUUGGUUACAUCACUCACUUGUUCAACCCAGGCCUACACCAAAUCGACCUCAUAGCCAAGGCAUACAAGACCUUUGUUAACGUUUCUGACUACGACUGCACCGGAACUCUGAACUUCGUUUACAGCCCUGUGAACAAACACGCCUUCUUUGAUUGCUUUAGAUCGCGUACCAGGGUUGCACUGUUGGAGAUGAAUCUCACCAAUGACACAAUUGUUCGUAAGUGGAACAUCGCUGGGGUCCCGUAUGUUUCACCCGAUGGCCGCUACAUCGUCGCACUCUACAAAUCUGUCAACGAGUCGACGAACCUGCUCCUUGCUAGUAAAGUUUAUGUGCUGGUUAUUCCUGGCAAGGACAGUGCUACCAUUUUGAAGUCCACAUUAGAUAUCGCUGGUGGCGUGAGCGACCUUGUUUAUUAUGAGAAGGUCGAAAAGAAGGGAAGUUUUAUUGCUUACAUCAGUCUUAUUUACAGCGACAAGAUAGCAGUGCUAGAUCUCGACUCUCUCGACGCUGGAAACCGCCAAAUCAACUACAUCGUGAAUGUUGGAAGCGUAUAUUCGGCACCCGGUAUGCACUCCGUAAGUCGACCGUUGGUAGCAUCGGGUCCCUGGCUUGUGACUCCAGCCACUGCUGACCAAUCCUUUGCCAUCAUCAACAUCGCCACACAAGAGCUGUAUGGGAUGGUAAAGGGCGUGGUUAAGGGUAGGGGGAUGGCAGCAUACUCACCUAGUCCGAAUCCCAUAGGAGCUGGAAGAAGCUUUUGUGGUUCAAAGGCGAUUGUGAUGUUCACCUUGCUGUAUACUCUGUACAUGUUGAUGGCCGGCUAA